UUGGGAGAGCUGUGAAGAAGAGAUGGAGGUAGCAGAUGAAGGAAUCGAUCGGGUAGUGGAUUCGAAGGACUUGCAACAGCAAAGCAAAGCCCUAGACAAGCUCACUGAUCAUGUCGAAGAUCGCCAGCUGGAUUCCACUCGUGUUCAAGAGGCCAUGGCAUCAAUUGCAGCAUCCGCAGAAGCAGAUUGGAAUGCCAUGAGAAUGAGGGAGAAAGAAUUAGCUGCUGUCAAGAUCAAUGCAGCCGAUGUUGACAUAAUUGCAAAUGAACUAGAGUUGGACAAGAAGGUGGCUGAGAGAACCUUACGUGAACACAAAGGUGAUGCUGUUGCUGCCAUUCGGUACUUGCUUCGCUAGAUAGCUGUUGGAGUGAAAAUUUCUUGUUUCUUUUUUUUUUUUUUUUUCUCAAUCUUGAUUUUUGCAUGUUGAAUGCAAUCCAAAUAUAAAUGAUGAAUACAUAGCCACUCUCUGUCAGCUGAACCAAUUCAAAGCCCAAGGGUGCCUAUUGGAAUGUGUCUGUCACAACAUAUAUCUGACUUUGCAUUUGUGGAGUAGCAAGAGAGCUUGAUGCUUGGAGUCUUGGACAUGCCUUUAAGGAACUAAGUAAUGGAGUCUUGAUGCUUGAAGUAGCAAGACCAAAGUAAUGAUGAUCCAUAAUGGAUCUGUAUAUCUCUUUCUGUUCUGUAAAAAUGCUGUUGCUGCUUUAACUACUAUUUAAUUCAGCAAUGCGGGAUUGAGUGCCA